GCCUAUUCGUAUCCAACUACGACGUGCGGGGCAACAUCGCCGCGUUCCGGCACGGAUUCUGACUUAGAGGCGUUCAGCCAUUAUCCGGCAGAUGGUAGCGUCGCGGCACUGCCUGGUCAGACAGCCGCAAAAACCAAUUAUCUGAAUCAACGGUUCCUCUCGUACUAA